UUUAAUUCAUUCAUUCAUUCAUUCAUUCAUUCAUUCAUCUUCAGUAACCACUUUAUGGUGGAUCUGGAGGCUGUCCUUCUAACACUGGGAGUGAGGUGAGAAUACACCCUGGGUGGGAUGCCAGUGCAUUGUAGGGCAAGAAAUGUAAUAUGAUAGUCGUACACUUGACGUUGAAAUUCUUGACAAUUGAUGUCUUAAGUGGCUAAUACAUACUCCCAGUGGUCAUUUUAUUAGGUACACUCACUAUAUGGAUGCAGUUGGUAGGUGGACAAUUACGGACUGUAGGCUGUCUGUUGUUAGCCUUGCUCUAUUCCCUCCAUCAGUAUAGAAUAUAUAGAAGGUUUGAGUGGUGCACUCAGUACUGCUGUGGCACUGACAUGGUAGUAGCAUGUUAGUGUGUGCUGUGCUGGUGUGAGUGUAUCAGGUACAGCUGCAAGGCUCUGACCACUUUAUUAGAUCCAAAUUCCUAGUUGGUGUGACAUGCUUGUGUACAGACUUUGGCUCUUUUUCAUGUGCAAUUUAUGUUAAUCGUCCUUAAGCCUUUGAUCAGUAGUUAUCUCACAGCACUGCAAUUACAACACAGAAUAACCUGACAGAACAUUGUCCACCACCCAAAUCAUAUCUGCUGAGUGGUGCUCCCAUGGUGAUCCCCUACAAAGUGCACCAGUAUACACCUGAUAAAAGGGCCAGUGAUUUUGUAACUAAAGGACAGAGGUUAUUAUUUUAUUAUAACAGCAUGGCUCUGAAAAUAGUUCUGGCUUUUAUAUAUUGUACAUGAGAGGUUUAUAGUAGUGUGCUGUUUCUAAUGCCUUAUUGUUUCUAUAGUAACAGCUACUAAGAAAGAAAAAUGUGUAAUAGUUGAUAUGGUGAAGCUUUGUGUAAUUUAACUGUCUACGUUUUGCAUUACAGGAGAUUCUUCAGGACAGAAGACUUUGCACUUUAACACUUACUAGAGAGAAAAUGAGGGUGGUAAGAGAAUGUUUACAUGCGGUUACAGCUGCUGUAAGUGACAACAGGAACUAGUUCUGCCAGCGUUAAACAACAUUAAAUAUAACUAUAUACGAUUUGCUGUUGUAUAAAUGGGACAAACACUUCGGGACGUGCUGUUAUGAGAAAAUGAUUGAAUCAGGGACUAUUUUCCUUUCCCUAUGGCGGAAAAUGACUCCGAGGUGACUACAUCUCUGCGCACUGAGACACACUGUAACACUUAACCAAAAAGCAAGCGAUCUGCGCAUGCGCACGGGGUGCUGUCAGUAAGGGUGUGUGCUGUUGGAAGGGAGUGAAGCUAAAACAGCUGCCAGAAAUCUCUUCAAGGAAAAGAAUAAUACAUUGAUACUUACACUGCUAUCUUCAAUGGCGACGCAGUGUGUGACCAAAGUGGAGCUCACAGUCUCCUGUGAAAACCUUUUGGACAUGGAUGUGGGCUCCAAGUCUGACCCCAUGUGUGUCCUGCAUAUGAGUACAUCUGGAAGUCAGUGGUUUGAGGUGGACCGCACAGAGAAAGUAAAAAAUUGCCUGAAUCCCAAAUUUGCCAAGAAGUUUGUCAUCGAUUAUCACUUCGAACUUGUACAGAAACUUAAAUUUGGCAUUUAUGAUAUAGACAACAAAACCAUUGAGCUGAGUGAUGAUGACUUCCUUGGAGAGUUGGAGUGUUCCAUGGGUCAGAUUGUGUCAAGUGGGAAGCUGACCAGACCACUAAUCUUGAAGAACAAAAGACCAGCAGGAAAAGGAACCAUUACAAUCAUUGCAGAGGAAAUUAAGGAUAAUAGGGUGGUGAAUUUUGAAGUCGAGGCCAGGAAACUGGAUAAAAAGGAUUUCUUUGGAAAAUCAGACCCCUACCUGGAAUUCUACAGGCAGAUGGACUCAGGAUGGCAGCUUGCCCACAGAACAGAGGUGGUGAAGAACAAUCUUAACCCCUGUUGGAGACCUUUUAAAAUCCCUCUGCAGUCUCUCUGUGGAGGAGAUAUGGAGAAACCCAUCAAGGUGGAAUGUUACGACUAUGACAAUGAUGGGUCACAUGACCUUAUUGGGAUUUUUGAGACCAAUAUGAAACGCCUGCAGGAGGCUACACGCACUUCUCCGGCAGAGUUUGACUGUGUGAACAUGAAGAAAAAGCAGAAGAAGAAGAACUAUAAGAACUCUGGUGUUGUGAGUGUGAAACUCUGCCAGGUUGUGAAGGAGUACUCAUUUUUGGAUUACGUCAUGGGUGGCUGCCAGAUAAAUUUCACUGUUGGAGUGGACUUCACAGGGUCAAACGGUGACCCAAAGUCUCCUGAUUCUUUGCACUACAUCAGUCCUAAUGGGGUCAAUGAGUACCUUUCUGCCAUCUGGUCUGUUGGCCUGGUGAUUCAGGAUUAUGACAGUGACAAAUUGUUCCCAGCUUUUGGGUUUGGGGCACAGAUUCCUCCAAACUGGCAGGUGUCUCAUGAGUUUCCACUUAACUUCAAUGCAUCUAAUCCAUUCUGUGCUGGAGUAGAGGGCUUGGUGGAAGCUUACAGGAUGUGCCUGCCCCAGGUCAAACUUUAUGGGCCUACAAAUUUUGCUCCUAUCAUCAGACAUGUGAGCAACUUUGCCCAGCAGGCGCAACAACAGAAUACAGCCAGUCAAUACUUUGUUCUGCUCAUUAUCACGGACGGCGUGAUCACAGACAUGGACCAUACCCGAGCUGCCAUCGUAGCUGCUUCCCAUUUACCCAUGUCCAUUAUAAUUGUGGGUGUGGGCGGGGCUGACUUCACUGACAUGGAGAUCCUGGAUGGGGAUGACGGACGUCUGAAAUCUCCAUCAGGAGAGCCAGCCGUGCGGGACAUUGUGCAGUUUGUGCCAUACAGAAAGUUCCAGAAUGCUCCUAAAGAGGCAUUGGCACAGAGUGUGCUGGCAGAGGUUCCUGGACAGGUUGUCACUUUCUUCAACAUGCUGAAGCUCAGCCCUCUUAAAUCCAGUACUCCUGUAGCUGAUUCCGACGGGCAAAUGAAGAUGAAUGCCUAAUGGUACUUCAGCAACAACCAAUAAGAGACCUCACCAGCUCCAGCCCAUGCUUCAUUCCUUUCCAGCGUGCUGGUCCUUUCCUAAAUAAAUCACUCUAAGGAAGUAUGUAAAUAGAUCUACAAAGUCUGUGCUAGCUUGCCACUUUAAAGAGCAGCUCUUCAUACACACAGCUUAUUUGGGGUAAUAAACUUCAUAUCUACUGGUAGCAAAUGUUUAUAUUAAUCUGAUAGUCCAGUAUAUACAUGUACACUUUACUCAAUUAUCUCAAGAAAAUGCAAAAUUUAACCUGCAUGCUCAGUGGUAAUGAAUGGUAGUCACAUGCUGCAGGAGUGUGAUUUGAAAAGCAUCAGAUCCAGAUUACCACUCCAGAAUAAAUCUGAAAAACUUCAGUAAAACAUUUGCUGAAACAUUUUGUUCAGGAUAGCAAAUUAACUCUGUGGAAAGCUUUUGUUACUGGUGCAGAAACAAGAUUUUGAAAUCUUAACUGCUUUUUUUCUGCACCAUAUCGCACUGGGUUCUCAUUUAUACCAGUUAACACCCCAACACUACAUGCACCCGAAAACAAUAGUCAAGUGUGCUUUGGGUCAGGUAGAUGUGCUCAAGAUAUGUAUAUUUAAAACAAGAUAUGUUUUGACUGCAAUCAAAUAAGCUCAUGCUCUGAGUUGCUCUUUAAUAAUCCAGACAAAGACAGAAGUGCCAUGUAACUCCUCACUAAGGUUAUGUUCACAUUACAGAAUUUAAGUGUCCCAAGUACUAUUUUUGCCCAAAUGUGGCGCAGAGCUGUGUGAACCCAGAAGACAGAUCUUUUCAGUCCGAUUUGAUCACACUGAUUUUCUGUACAAAGCUAAGGUAUGGCAAGUGCUGUACUUUGCCAUACCUAGUUUAUGCUCUUACAUUCAAAUACAAAUGGGAACCAUCAAGGCAAAAAGAUCAGAGCAAAAAAAUCUGAAUUGAGCACUAAAUUUACUAAUGUGAACAUAGCCUAAGUGCAUGUUUACACAUAUCGGUUCAAAUGUGUGUGUGUAUUGUUUUUUUAAUCUAUUUUUGGUUAUGUUGAAUCCCGUUUGGUGCCUUAUAUAUCAGGUUUCCAGCAAUGCUAUAAUAAUUUUUUAUUCAAACUGGAUAUAUUUUUAUAUGUUAUAUAAAUUGCUUUAAUAUUUAGAGGAAAGUUAUUAUUUUUAUCAUAGUUUACACAGUUCCUUUAAUGAAAAUGCUUUAAUCGUUAAUGUUGUUAUGCUAAUUAAGUGCCAUAAUAUUAAUCACACUGUUGAGGACCUGUAUGGACCUGAAUGGGUAUAUAGCACACAGCACAGGUUGCCGCCUCACACCAGGAUUCUUGGGUCGAUCCUGAGCUUGGGUUACUGUCUGUGUGGAGUUCUUUGUGUGUCUGUGGGGUUCCUCCGGUUUCCUUUCAACCGCCAAAAGUAUGCCACUAGGUCAAUUGGCUAUGCUAAUUUGCCCUUAGAUGAGUGAAUGAGUGUGUACAUGGUGCUGUGCGAUUGACAGGCACCCAGUAUUCCCAGACUAGACUCCAGAUCCUAUAUAUUAUACUAUACAGCUACUGUAUACUGUUGAAAAGAUUCCUCUUAACUCAUUUCCUGCAACUAAACUGUUAAAAUUUCCCCAUUUUGAUUUCAAGAAAAUUUCCCCAUUAUACUUCAAGAAAUUAAUAGUAAAAAAAGCAACUGUGUUUAAACAAAAUUUGUUUGGAGCAACGUGUAUCAUUUUUAUCCCUAAUUCCGAGAAAAACAGGUUCGUAGAACACACUCACAUUGCUCCAAACAAACACACAUACGUACACACACACACACACACACACACACACACACACACAAACACCACAUACUAUAUAUAUGACUUCAUAAAGGACUCCACACUGUGUUGGUUAUGUUUGUGUAGGGGGACUGAGGUGACUUGUUUAAUACUGCAAGUGUCUUACCAAACUUCCAAAUGGGUCUUGUUCGUCUUUGCUGUCUUUGGGUGGUUGUCAUGGUAAAAGCAAGGUUUUACAUUUCUGUGUUCCUUUUUAUGACUAGUUUAUGACUAGUUUAACCUAUAUUACAGUAUUAAUGAACUUAUUCUACUUUUAUAAAAUCAUUAUUUGAAUAUACAGAUGUGUAUAUCUGUGCUUAGUUGUAGUAUAAUAUUUCCCAUUCACUAGGGUUAGAGAUUAAAAAGUUUGUGCACUUUUUAAUUUUGAGUUUAAUGUUUUUAAAACGUGGAGUUUAGUAUAAAGAAAUGUCCAAGUAAUUGUUAGAAAGCUAUCAUGAUGCAAAUUCUCAAACUGGGCUACACUGUGGGAAGUGAUAUACACAGAUGUGUGACAUGACUACAAUGACUACAUAAUAUGAUAACCACAUGUCAUAUUGUGGUGGGCACAGUGAUUAUAUCAACACAUUGUAUUGCUUCUUUUAAUUUGUUUUGUUUGCUUCUAGUUGCAGGUAAUUUGAUUAAUGCUUAAAUUAGUCUUCUAUCCCAAAUUCCAUGAAGAUGUUUGUAUAUCAGGAGUGAAAUGGAUUGAACUGGAACAGUGACAACUAUAUUAAGAUAUUGGCCUUGUAUUCACUGUGACCUAUAUUCUUCAGCCAAAGCAGUGAUCAGCAUGGAGUUCACUGUCCUAACUGAACACAUAAAUUGUUGUACAUAAAUUGUUGAAUGCG